AACCCGGAAGCUGUCCGCGGUGUUUCCGGGUAGCUUUACAGAGCCUCCAUCAGCUGACAGCCGCUUCGGGCCGGAGCUCAGAGGACCGUUCAUGGACUCCGUUUCCCCGCGGAGGGGAUCCCACUGACCGAGCCACAGCCCCCCCGGUCCGGUCCGGCCAUGGACGAGCAGGCGGGCCCCGGUGUCUUCUUCAGCACCAGCCCGGGCUCCGGAGGCGGCAGCAUCAAAGCUCCGCAGCCUGGCGACGUCGGCGGCGGAGAGGCGGCCCGGGCUCAGUACAGCAUCCCGGGGAUUUUACACUUCCUCCAGCACGAGUGGGCCCGGUUCGAGGUGGAGCGGACCCAAUGGGAGGUGGAGCGGGCCGAGCUGCAGGCUCAGAUCGCCUUCCUGCAGGGCGAGAGGCGAGGCCAGGAGAACCUGAAGAAGGACCUGGUGAGGCGGAUCAAGAUGCUGGAGUACGCCCUCAAACAGGAGAGAGCCAAAUACCACAAGUUGAAAUACGGGACGGAGCUGAAUCAAGGAGACGUCAAUCCUCCCAACUACGAUUCAGGUGUGUGUGUGUCUGUGUGUCCAGAUGACGGCGCUGACAGCGAGCUGCCCAGUCCUCCCAGCAGCAGCCAUCAGCUCAGCUGGAAACAGGGACGCCAGCUGCUCAGACAAUACCUGCAGGAGGUCGGAUACACCGACACCAUCCUGGAUGUGAAGUCCCAGCGGGUCAGGGUGCUGCUCGGUCUGACCGGAGACUCUGGAGACAAACCUUUGGACGGGAGGACCGAGCCGAUGGUCAACGGCACCGAACCGUCCUCGCUGAAGGACAGCGGCGUGGUCAGUAAACCCGACAUGUCCGACUCGGCCACCGUGCUGGAGGCCUUCAAGUUCAUCGAGAGCGCUGCAGCCGAGUUCAGCGACGAGGACGAGGACAGCGAAGGGAGAGACAAAACCAUCCUUGACCUGGCGGCGAUGGUGAGGAAGAAGCAGUCGUCCACUCCGUCCUCCACCACGUCCGACCUCAGCGACGACCCCGACACCGAGGAGGCCCUGAAGGGCUUCGACUUCCUGGCGAGUCCAGACGAGUUGGACGGGUCUCCAGAGUCCAGCGGGGAGUGGGAGAAGGAAGACCAGCCUCCUCUGGGGGACCUGGCCUGGGACGUGGACCAGGGACUCAUCGCCCAGCUCAAGGAGCAGUACCGGAAGGAACGCAAGGGCAAGAAAGGGGUGAAGAGACCGAACCGGUCCAAGCUGCAGGACAUGCUGGCCAACCUGCGCGACGCCGAGGAUCUUCCCUCCGUGACGCCGGCCGUGACUCCGCCCACUCGGCCCAGCGUUCCCCGACUCAGCGAGCAGGAAGUGGGCCGCCCCGACGAAGAGGCAGCCACGUUCCUGCCGUCGGUGGGGAAGUCCUUCAUCCUGGGCCGAGUGGACGAGGCCGUCUCCAAUGAGCUGGGACUGGGAGAACUGGCCGGACUGACCGUCGCCAACGAGGCUGACAGCCUGGCCUACGACAUCACCAACAACAAAGACGCUCUGAGGAAAACCUGGAAUCCCAAGUUCACCCUGCGGAGCCACUUUGACUCGGUCCGGAGUUUGGCGUUCCACCCGGUGGAGCCGGUUCUGGUCACGGCCUCCGAGGAUCAAACCCUCAAACUGUGGAACCUGCAGAAGACGGCGCCGGCCAAAAAGUGCGCUGCUUUAGACGUGGAGCCCAUCUACACAUUCAGAGCUCACAGCGGCGCCGUCCUGAGCGUCACCAUGAGCUCCAGUGGUGAGCAGUGCUUCAGCGGAGGGAUGGACGGAACCAUUCAGAGCUGGAACACCCCCAACCCCAACAUCGACCCCUACGACUCGUAUGAACCCUCCGUCCUGAGGGGGGCGAUGUGCGGUCACACCGACUCGGUGUGGGGUCUGGUCUACAGCUCGGCUCACCACCGCCUCCUCUCCUGCUCGGCCGACGGGACGGUCCGGCUGUGGAAUGCCGCCGACGCCUCGCCAUCUCUGGCCGUGUUCAAUGAUGGAGGAGAGCUGGGAGUACCGACCUCAGUGGACCUGGUGAGCAGUGAGCCGGCCCACAUGGUGGCGUCCUUCAGCACCGGACACAUCGGACUCUUCAACAUGGAGACGCAGCAGCUCGUCCUGAAGCUGGAGUCAGCCGGACCACCAGACGCUCCCUGCAGGAUCAACAAAGUGCUGAGUCAUCCCACGCUGCCCAUCACCAUCACCGCCCAGGAGGACCGACACAUCCGCUUCUUCGACAACAACACAGGUAAACUCAUCCACUCCAUGGUCGCCCACCUGGACUCGGUCACGAGUCUCGCUGUGGAUCCAAACGGACUGUACCUCAUGUCAGGAAGUCACGACUGCUCCAUCCGGCUCUGGAACAUGGAGACCAAAACCUGCAUCCAGGAGUUCACCGCCCAUCGCAAGAAGCUCGACGAGUCCAUCCAUGACGUGGCGUUCCACCCCACCAAGUGCUACAUCGGCAGCGCCGGCGCCGACGCCCUCGCCAAAGUCUUCGUAUGACCUGGGCCGGGCCUCCUGGACUCGGCUGGCCCGGUCCUCUAACAUCUCGGUACUUUAACUGAACCUGUCGCUCUCUUCUGCUGGUGAAACAUGAAAACGUGCCUUUUUACUUCAGAAAGACGAAAACGAGCCGUCGGGUUUGGAGGCUGAGGAACGUUUUUCUUCUGGAGGUGUUUUCUGACAUCCAGAAUCUCACCUGAAACUGACUCCAGGUGUUUGUUCUCCUGAAACAGUUUUGCCUCCACUCUGCUGCCGUAUUCAUUUCUUUUGACUCGUCGCUAAUGCUAAUUAGCUCCCGUGUUGUGACCUAACCCCCUCAGACUGAGCUUUCUCCGCUGGACGCCUGGAAUCCUGGAUUUACUGCAAUGACUUUGGUUUGGAGGGACUUUUUUAAACGUGUUUGGUGACAGAUGAUAGAUAUUUUUUUUAAUUCUCCGUUCUACUUGAAGAGUGGCGUCUGGUCCUUCUGGGCUUUUCUGCUGGUGUUUUAAGACUUCAGCUCUUCUUUCUGCUUUUUAUCAAACCAUCGUCUCACACGUGAAGUUUUAAAUCCAGACUGUACGAAGGGGAACAGAAGUGUGUACAGUUUCUAAAUAUUAAAGCAGAUCUAUUUAUUCAUGUAAAGGAGAACCGAGGGACGGAUCCUUCAUGGUUAGCAGCUAGCUAGCAGCUAGUCACACAGAAAUGUGAUCCGAUGCAGUGAACUGUUUCUUUACAGGUUUUAUUAUGAUGGUCUUUAUAAAUGUCUAAAAGUUUUAAACCUGUCAGCUGUUCACACUGCAGCAGCUUUUAUUUAUUUGUUUAAAUGUUUAAGGAACCAGAACGUCGUCUGAGGGAGGAUCAGAAAGUUCUGGGACCAGAAACCGUCCUGAACUGGUUCCAGUGCUCCUGCAGCAACGCGACCAAACAGAGACUCUUCAGCUUUAGUUUCAUUUAGUGGAAGAACCUGGACAGUCUACGACGUUUCACACAGAAAUGAAUCUAAAGAUCUGCAGUAUGUUCCUGAAUGUGGUGACGGAUCGCUGUGUCGUCUCAGAAAUGACCCAAAAUUGGUCCAAAGUGACAGAAAUUAGACCAAAAUUUGUUCAUAAUGAUGAUAGAUUUGUCCAAAUUAACAAAAACAUUGUUUAGAAGAACCCAAAAUACAUACAAAAUCACUGUUUGUUGUAAAUAACAAGUACUUGAUUCAAAUGUGUCUGAAAUGACAGAAAUAUGUCCAAAAUAAUGAAUUACAUUUCCAAUCCUGGUCCAAAACAAUAAACAUUGUUUCAACUGACCCAAAAUAUGUUAGAAAUUACGUCUGUUUUCUGUCUUCUUCAGUCUCUGAACCUCAGACAGCCGUUUCCUAAAAACCAACUUUUAAAAGUGUCUCCUGUGGUCAGAAGCUGAAUCUCAUCUCUGCUGCUUGGUUCUUAAGAGCAGAACCUCCAGGAUCCCAGAGCUGCUGUUGGUUCUUUAAUGCUCUGAUAAAAACUGAAGAACCAGAAUCCACAAACAGGAGCAGGUGGAGUUUUCCUCCCAGUAGCAGGAGUUAAAUCUCCUGUUAAUGAGAAGCUUCACGUGUGGAGAUGAGAAGCUGCUGUACAUAGACGUGAUGUUUCCUUGUUUCCUUCAGGACGGUUCGGUGGCAGAUUUAGUAACAAUAAAGAACAUGUUGAACACUGA